AUGCCUUUCUUCAGCUACCAAUGGCUCCUUUCUUGGUGGAAUGGCAUAGAGGGAAGAAAACAGUCAACCGAUUUGAGAGCAGAUGGUCUGAGGAAUAGAGACUACAAUUGCAGUUCCGCAGAGCGAGAUGGGGAAUUUGUGGAUAUUAAAUAUAUAGGCUGCGGCAAAAGUAAGGUAUACUCCCAGCUUACAGAGCAUAACGAAGUACCCGGAACACAAACUGGUCACAGUUCCAAUAUUAAGAGGUAUAGGACGGUCAGGUUGGAAAGAAUAGUCGUUGUUUUAUUGGUCUCAUCCAUUGUUAUUUUAGUUUUUAGUUUAGCUGAAACACUUACUUGCAACAAUAGCUUUCUUGGAUGCUAUCCACAGCUUUUGUUAGAGAUUAAAGCAAAAUCUCUAGAAUCAAAGAUGUUAUUAUCCAGCAUAGGUGAAGGUCUUAAGUUGAUGUCAUAUUUUGCAAAAGAUUUCAGUAUUACAUUAAAUGGGUCCAAUAGUUUAGUACGUGAAAUAGAUGACUUCGACGUUAUAGAUACUUUUUCAGACUCCAACAUUUAUAAAUUCAAUGUUGGUGGAUAUUGUCGUUUAAAUAAAAAGACGAAAACACAAAAGUGCUCAUACAGUAAUGGAAUAGACAUAUUUUCUAGCCUCAUAAGGGACAUAGGCUCUCAGUUAGGAGUAGUAUCAAAAUCAAGUAGCUCCAAAGAAAUUAGUAAAAGCUUCGCUGUUGCUUUUUCUCAAGCAUUGGAUAGUCUAAACGAAUUAUACUUACAAGAAAAACAAAAAAGCUCUGAUGGUAACGCCUUGAAUAUAGAUUCGUUGGCCCUAGUUCAUAAAAUAAAACUCGUUGAAAAGUUUGGAGUUGUGAUGAAAAUAAGUUCUAUUGUGUCCUUGAUGCUUUCUGCUCUCAUUAUGAUUUUUCAUUUCGUGAUCUUAAUAUCAUACUAUCAACAUAAGCAUUCAAUUGAAGAUCAACUUAGGACCUAUUUUAGAUCGGUUUUGAUUUUUCAACUAAUAAAUUUUACUGCUUGCUCAAUAAUAAUGAGUGGAGAACUUGUCUUUUAUAAUAUGUUGACUGAACUCUUCGAUGAGAUUGAUAUCGCAGAAAUUAAAAUCAGUACCGGUUUUUAUCUACUAGGUAUGAAAUUAUGUUCAAUUAUGUUGCAUUCACUUUUGGUUUUACUUACAUUUUCAAAAUGGAUAUAUCUCUAA